AUGAAUCUGGGCGAAACCCAGUGUGUAGUGUUUCAAAUAAUGCUCGCCGUGAAAAAAGUGCCAACAAGGCCCUUUAUUGAUCAACAACCAGGAACGUCAGGACUUCGCAAGAAGGUGAGGGUGUUCCAGCAAGAAAACUAUCUAGCCAACUUUAUUCAAAGCACUUUUAAUGCCAUUGGGAAACAGGGGAUGAUUCCCGAUACCCUUGUCCUUGGUGGUGAUGGGCGGUACUUUCUCUCUGAGGCUAUUCAGAUCAUUAUCAAAUUGGCUGCCGCCAAUGGGGUAUCAAAUGUUUGGGUGGGUAAAGAUGGUCUUCUCUCAACCCCUGCCGUGUCAAACAUCAUCCGUCAACGAAGGGAUGGUGAUGUCACGGCGAAGGGGGCCUUUAUUCUCACAGCAAGUCAUAAUCCCGGUGGCCCUGAGGAAGAUUUUGGUAUCAAGUACAAUACAGAAAAUGGAGGACCUGCGGCUGAGAAAAUUACUUCUGCUAUUUACGAAGAGACCUUGAAAAUUGAUCAUUUUCUGACCUGCCCAAAUAUUGGCACAGUGAACGUGUCAGAAAUGGGUGACCAUUUAUUUGAGAGGUUCAGAGUUUCGGUAAUCCAUAGCACAGAGGAUUACGUCCAGAGCAUGAAGAAAAUCUUUGACUUUCAAAGUAUCCGAAAUCUGUUAAAUAGAACUGAUUUUACGAUUCGGUUGGAUGGCUUAAGUGGUAUUGGGGGCCCUUAUAUGAAGGAUAUUUUUGUUUCUGCCUUGGGCGUUCCAGAAAGUGCUUUGUGCGGUGCUACGCCAUUGCCGGACUUUGGUAAGCAACAUCCGGAUCCAAACCUCACAUAUGCGAAGGAGCUUGUGAGAACCAUGGGACUUGAUUCCACCGGCAGGCCUGUUGCUGACUUUGUUGGCGAGGUGCCGAACUUUGCUGCGGCAUUUGAUGGGGAUGCAGAUCGUAAUAUGAUUCUUGGCGAGCGCUUUUUUGUAACACCGUCUGAUUCUUUGGCAAUUCUUUCAGCAAAUGCAAAUGUCGUGCCAUUUUUUGCUCAACAAGGUGGAAUUAAGGCGGUAGCGAGAUCUAUGCCGACGAGUGGAGCUGUUGACCGUGUUGCAGAAAUGCAUCACCUUAAAAUAUUUGAAGUUCCCACAGGUUGGAAGUUUUUUGGGAAUCUGAUGGACAGCCGGGAGUUAUUUGGAGGCGAAGAUUACAAUCCUCUCAUUUGUGGAGAGGAAAGCUUUGGUACUGGUAGCAACCAUAUUCGUGAGAAGGAUGGCGUGUGGGCAGCAUUAUUUUGGCUAUCGGUAAUUGCGAGUAAAAAUGUGGAUCCGUCAAAGCCUCUUGUGGGUGUAAAAGACAUUGUUGAAGACCACUGGACGCGCUACGGGCGGAACUACUACUGUCGAUACGACUAUGAAAAUGUGGCAGAGGAUUCAGCCAAGGCUGUGAUGGAGACUGUACAGAGGCAGCGCCCCCAGGACAUUCCCUCCUUGCAGGGAAAACGCUGUGUCAAGGUUGACAACUUUGAGUACCACGACCCUGUAGACGGCUUGGUCUCCAAAAAUCAGGGCAUUCGUGUGAUAUUUGAGGAUGGUUCUCGAUUUGUGAUUCGUUUAAGCGGAACUGGAUCGUCAGGCGCCACAAUUCGACUAUACCUGGAGCAUUACAUGGAGCCCAAUGCCGUAGCACGGCAUAUCCGUGACGGCACGCUGCCUACUCCUCAAUCUGCGCUGGCCAAUCUCAUCGCCGUUGCGUUGAAUGUCUCACAGAUUUCGGAGCUUACGGGGCGUGACGCCCCCACAGUCAUCACUUGA